CAGCGGUGGGUGCGGAGGGCGGGCCUCGGGGAGCGUAGGAAGGGCGGGGACCCGGAUGUGUGUGGUGGCGGCGGCCGAAGAGCUAGUGUGCGGAGCUGAGAGGCCUAUGGAUGAGGAGGACGCGGCGGCCCCGGUUUGUUCUCAUGAACAAGAUGGAUGACCUCAACCUGCACUACCGGUUUCUGAAUUGGCGCCGGCGGAUUCGGGAGAUUCGAGAGGUGCGGGCUUUCCGGUAUCAGGAGAGGUUCAAGCACAUUCUUGUAGAUGGAGACACUUUGAGUUACCAUGGAAACUCCGGUGAAGUUGGCUGCUACGUGGCUUCUCGACCCCUCACCAAGGACAGCAAUUAUUUUGAGGUGUCUAUCGUGGACAGUGGGGUCCGGGGCACCAUUGCUGUGGGGCUGGUCCCUCAGUACUACAGCUUGGAUCACCAGCCUGGCUGGUUGCCCGACUCUGUGGCCUACCAUGCUGAUGAUGGCAAGCUGUACAAUGGCCGGGCCAAGGGCCGCCAGUUUGGAUCAAAGUGCAACUCCGGGGACCGGAUUGGCUGUGGCAUUGAGCCUGUGUCCUUUGAUGUGCAGACCGCCCAGAUCUUCUUCACCAAAAAUGGGAAGCGGGUGGGCUCCACCAUCAUGCCCAUGUCCCCAGACGGGCUGUUUCCCGCAGUGGGCAUGCACUCCCUCGGUGAGGAGGUGCGCCUGCACCUCAACGCAGAGCUGGGCCGUGAGGACGACAGUGUCAUGAUGGUGGACAGUUAUGAGGACGAGUGGGGCCGGCUGCAUGAUGUCCGAGUCUGCGGAACUCUGCUGGAAUACUUGGGCAAGGGCAAGAGCAUCGUGGACGUGGGGCUGGCCCAGGCCCGGCACCCACUCAGCACGCGUAGCCACUACUUCGAGGUGGAGAUUGUGGACCCUGGAGAGAAAUGCUACAUCGCCCUGGGGCUGGCCCGGAAGGACUAUCCCAAGAACAGGCACCCUGGCUGGAGCAGAGGGUCUGUGGCUUAUCAUGCAGACGAUGGGAAGAUCUUCCAUGGCAGUGGCGUGGGGGACCCCUUUGGGCCACGCUGUUACAAAGGGGACAUUAUGGGCUGUGGAAUCAUGUUCCCUCGGGACUACAUUCUGGACAGUGAGGGUGACAGUGAUGACAGUUGUGACACAGUGAUCCUGUCCCCGACUGCCCGGGCCGUCCGGAACGUCCGGAAUGUCAUGUACCUGCACCAGGAAGGCGAAGAGGAAGAGGAGGAAGAGGAGGAGGAAGAAGAUGGGGAAGAGAUAGAGCCGGAGCACGAGGGCAAGAAGGUGGUGGUUUUCUUCACUCGGAAUGGCAAGAUCAUCGGGAAGAAGGAUGCUGUUGUGCCCUCUGGGGGCUUCUUCCCCACCAUCGGAAUGCUGAGCUGCGGGGAGAAAGUCAAAGUGGAUCUGCAUCCACUGAGUGGCUAGGGGCUCCUCCCCAGCCCUGCCCUUCCUCACUCUCCUCACCCUUGCAGGACCAGGACCCAGUUCCUGAGUUCCCCGAGGAUUUGCUCACCCAGCAGGUCCCACGGGGCGCAUAGUCCCUCUGCCCCUACCACACCAGGUCCCUGCCAGGCUCCUCGGUGCCCACGUUUCUGCCCUGGUGCUGCCCCCGUCGUCAGUCCCUGGGCCCGAGUCCCUGGCUGGACAGGAAGAGGCCCAUAGAAGGGUAUUGCAAUGUCGAUGGGUCCCACUUGCUUUAGCCAGUGGGCUCCUGCAUUCCCUUUCCCCACUGGCCCAGGGGAGUGGAGAGGGCUGAGCACCCUGUCUCAGCUGCUAUUUGGGCGUGAGGCUCUGCUGAGGGGCGAGUGGAGACAGCCUCCUCCGCUAUUUACCACAGUAUUUCUCCUUGCAUUCUUCUCUUUUUCGUUCCCUGUCCCAUCGUGUGAACCAGUUGCUGCUGUCCUCCCCCCUGGCUGGGCUAGGGGGGCUCUCUUGGGCCCUCUGUUUCCUUUCACUGCCUGCUGUCCCGAGAAGACUCCUGUAGGGUCUCCGUUCUUUUCUGAGAGCCAGCUUUCCGCCUCACUGCCUGCUCAGGCGCCCGUCCCACAGAGAGCCCGAGGAUCCGGCCCCCCCAAGCUGUGCACACAGAUAGGUGCCCAUUACAUGUUAGGGGAGUGGGAGGGGCUGUGAGGUGGGGACCUGGGGCUCUUGCUCCUCUCUUCCUGUGCUCCCAUCCUCAGCUCACCUGUGGCACCCUUGUCCCUCAUUCCUUGGGAUGCAGGCUGAGACUCCGGAGCGUGUCUCUCCUACCCUGGUGACAGCAAGACUGUGAGCCCUGGACCCUGGCUGAGGGCGCCCAGAGGCAGCUCGGCCCUCACCCCCCACCCCAGCUUGCUGCCUGUUUUGCUUCAGUGUUUGAUUCCAGCACUUACCUGUGUCUCCCACCCCUUGACCCCUGGCCCCGCCCCACACAGUGGCUUCUCCUGAGAGGAAGAGGAGCAGGAGCUGUUGGCCUUGGUUUGCACAGAGUGGGUAGGGCUUUGGGGAAAGGUGGUGAGCUGUUGUGCUGCUGGGGCCUCCCCUUUGGCCCUCCCGUCAGGCCCUGCACUAUGAUGUAAGAAAUGUAUGUACAGACCAGAGACGUUUAUACAGCCAAUAAAGAUGGAGUUUCCAUAUUUAUCAGUA